AUGCUGCUGCUUCUCUACAACACCCUUCUCAUCAUACUCGCUGAGCAGCUGCUCUGCAGGGCACAGAACCAGGGGCAAAUGUCGGCCCUGAGGGCCGGGAUGCCCGGAGCCGAGCGCAAACAGUUCUGCCACUGGCCCUGCCGGUGCCGGUCCAAACCGCUCUGUGCUCCCGGGGUCAGCACGGUGCUGGACGGCUGCGGCUGCUGCAAGACCUGUGCCCGGCAGAUUGGCAAGGCCUGCAACGAGAAGGACGUCUGCGACCCCCACAAGGGCAUGUACUGCGACUACUCUGCCGACCGGCCGCGCUUUGAGGUCGGCGUCUGUGCCUAUAUGAUGGGCGUAGGGUGCGAGCUGAACGGGGCCUACUACGAUAAUGGCCAGGCCUUCCAGCCCAGCCCGAUGUACAAGUGCACGUGCAUCGCCGGCGCUAUCGGCUGCACUCCGGCGUUCGUCCAGAAGCCCGCCGGCCUGCUGGGGCCCGCCCCUCUUCGCGCUGGGCCGCCGGGCUCUCUCCAAAGCGCCAAGAAACACCAGCAGGAUACCACCUACAGGGCCGUUCCAGCUUACAGGGAUCGUCCUUUAGCCUGGAAGAAGAACUGCCUGGUCCAGACCACGCCUUGGAGCCCGUGCUCUCGGACCUGUGGCCUGGGCAUCUCCGUCCGUGUCAACAAUGACAACGGCAAGUGUGAGAUGAGGAAGGACCGGAGGCUCUGCCUCCUCAGGCCGUGUGAGAAGAGCGUCCUCAAGAGCGUGAAGAUACCCAAAGGCAAGACCUGCAGGUCUAAGUUCCAGGCCAAGAAGCCUGAGAAGCUGAUCCUGUCCGGCUGCACCAGCAAGCGGAGCUACCGGCCCACGUACUGCGGCGUCUGCAGCGACAAGCGCUGCUGCGUGCCCAACAAGUCGCGCAUGGUGUCCGUGGACUUCAGCUGCGGGAAGGGGAGUAGCAUCCGGUGGAAGAUGCAGUGGAUCACUUCCUGUGUGUGUCAGAAGAAAUGCAACGACCCCGGUGAUAUGUUCUCAGAGCUUCGGUUCCUCUAG